UUGUGUGGUUUGUAAGUAAGACUGCCAAAGAUUUUGUUUUUCGUUGUUACCAAAUUUGUAUCGAUAAAACUUUAUCAUAAAUUAAUCGUCGUUUCAUGUUUAAAUGUUAUUGACAGUUAUUUAUUUGACUGAAGUCGUUGUUGAUACCGGAAGUGCGAAGAGUGAAUGAAACAAAAUGUCUGCCCCCUAGAAGCAACACAUGUACUGACAACAACAUAUCAACGGAAUAUCACAAGACUUCUUAAAAGAUGAAGGUUAAAAGAGGAAAGCAUGCACGUCGUAUUCUGACGUUCUACAAGGGGAACUUCGGAUUUGAACCGCCCUACAAGAUUCUGGUUGAUGGCACAUUUUGUAAAGCGGCUCUCUCUUUCAAAGUUAACAUAGCGGAACAGGUUCCAAAGUAUUUUGAAUCUGAAGUGAAACUCAUCACAUCAGCAUGUGUAAUGGCUGAAUGUGAAUUGUUUGGGAGCGUCCUGUAUGGACCCCUCAAGGUGUUGCGCCAGUACGAAGUCGCCAAGUGCGGCCAUAAGAAGCCUGUCUCAGCUUCUCAUUGUCUCAAGUCCCUCAUCAGGAAGCGGAACAAACUCAAGUACAUGCUUGCUACUCAGGACCCAGAUUUGACAGAGCUGUCACGGACAAAGCCGGGCAUCCCACUGCUGUACAUUGCUCACAACACCGUCACUAUAGAAGCUCCAUCAGAGGCCUCCAAGGAAAAGGCUGCCAAUGUCAUAGCUGAAAAACUUGGCCCAACAGAAUAUGAACACAAUGUGUUAACAAAGUUAAAACUUGAAGAGUUUGGGGAACAGGAGAAGAAGAAAAAGAAGAAGAAGAUGAAGGGACCGAAUCCCUUGUCUUGUAAAUCUAAGAAACUUAAAGCUGGUCUUCAUACGCCAAUAAAAGAAAAGAAACUUCGAAGAAAAAGGAAGCGUGUUAAAGUUGCUGAACAUAUCAGGGAACACUUCAAGCAGCAAAUCCUGACCUCUUGACCUCCUGACCUUAUUUCACAGACAUUGCAGAGUGGAACUCCUGACUCGGUGAACAGCUGAUUGGUGGUUAUAUCUUCUUGCCAAAUACAUACCCCAAACCCGUGAAGAUCCCGGAUAGAAUAGGUCUUCAGCAACCCAUGCUUGUCAUAAAAGGCGACUAUGCUGUCGUAAGAGGCGACUGACUGGAUCGGGUGGUCAGGCUCGCUGACUUGGUUG